CCAUUAAUCCCAGUUGCCGUCUCUGCCAGGAAGUCACCACCAUUCAACCAUGCCAGGCGGUGAAAAACCAGACAAGGUAAACAGUAAAAACUCAACCCAUCUCCUUCAAUCCACCCAUCCUGACACCUCUCUCUCUCUCUCUCGCUCUGUCCAUCCAUGGCAGGUGAUAACGGUGGAUCUGAAGGUCUCCAUCAAUUGCAGUGCAUGCCAGAGGCAAGUUAAAAAGGCACUGUUAAAUCUCGAUGGAGUUGAGUCCGUGUCGACGGACAUGGAGAAGCAGAAGGCAACCGUGACGGGUCGGGUUGAUCCUAAGAUCGUUCUGAAGGUGCUCAAGAAGAAGACGGGGAAGCGGGCGGCGCUCUGGCCGAAUCCUGACCAACCGGAGAAGAGCGAGGAAGGCAAUGCCGCGGCCUCUGAGGUGAAGGCGAAGCCGAGCGUCUGCGGCCGCGACGAGAGCGCCGCUUUGCUCACGUACUUCAGCGAUGAGAAUCCGAAUUCAUGCACGAUUUCUUGAAAAGAAUAGCGGCGUUUAACCGUCGUUUUGAAUCGAAUCCCACCAAAUUGGCGAAGAUGCAGUUGGCGAAAAUGUUUCUGUACUUAUUGUUAGAUCAAAAUACCAAAGAAUAUCAUAGAUAUGUCAACAGUUCAAACUCUCCGAGUUGUACUGCUUGAAUCAAAGCCAU